CCCCCCCCAUGUACGCAUAUUACCCACGAUACAUGUAAAUAUGAUUUACGGUAGACUAUGCCUUUCCUGCGUAUCUCUCGUUUUUUUUUACUGAUGAUUGGAGAGCAAUUUAUGUCAUACUCUGUGUAUGUCCAAGUUAUGUCAUUUAGUUGUGCUUGGGAAAUUCUUCAGUUCAAAAUAGGAUCGAUAUUCGCUAAGUACGUCCUUUCUGUAACUGGCGUUUAUGUUGGUAGAAAAAUCAUUGAUACGAUUGGGUUUUCAGAAAAAGAUGAAAGGCCAAUGCCACGACAGCGACAUCAAACUGAAACUCAAGCGAAAGUCAUCCAACAAAAAAAGACAUACAGCUGUGGAUAUGGGAAUGCUUAG